GCUGAGAACCCGGAAGACGACUCCACUCUGAAGUACACUUUGUACCACGGAGGUUGGAAGGACAGCAUGCCGGACGGCUUCGGCGUGCAGCACUUCGAGGGGGCCCAGGUGGAGCAAUUGAUGGGCGCCCACGGCGGCACCUACACCGGGGACUUCUUGCGUGGCAAGCGUCACGGGCGCGGUGUGUGGAAGACUCUCCAGGGUGCCUGGGAGUACCGGCCCAUUGGCACAGAGACGGUGCCCAACUGGGAGAACGACCUCAUGCACGGCAUUGGCAUCGUGGAAGACAGCGACCACGUGCACGAAAACGUCAUCUACACCAAGGGCAAGUGCCAGAUGCCCUUUACCGAGCUUGGGCCUCCCAAGACAGGCUUCGAGAGCGCCGCCUUCAGCGAAGUGAUGCCGCAGGCGAACCGAAAGCGCGCCUUUGUCACGCCCUUGCCCACGGUUUGGGAUGAACAGGAAAAUAACCCAGCCUGGACCGCGCUGCUCAAGAGCUUCGGGUACAAACUGAAGAAGCUCUUCUUGGUUUACUCCUGCCUUCCCGCCUUCCCGUUGGAGCCCCGCAAGCUGUGGCUCGAGAGCCGCCGGGGCUCCGGGGGCGGCUGCCGCGGGGUUCGCAUCGCGCCGGGCUUCCGCGCGAUGCCAGGCCGGCGGAGCCGCAGCUACAGAGGCCGCCGCAGCCGCAGCCGCAGCCGGCGGCGCGACUCCCGCAGCCGCGAUCGCCGCGAGGAGGAUCGCCGGCCUCGCCGGGAAAUGGGCAGAAUACCUCCGCCCGCCAAGAAGGAAGAGCCGGAGGAGGGAGUGACUGAAGAGCAGCGUCAGAACGCCAUCGAGUGCGACGGCUUUUUGUACGCGGCCAUCGACUUCACGGCCCCGCAGACUCUGCCGGAUAUGGGCCUGGACGUGACGCCUCGGUACUACCAGCCCAACGAGGGCUCGAAGGGGUUGACUUACAACAAGAUGCCGCCAGGCUGGGAGAUGGCCGAGGCCACGGACAGCGUGAAGGAGAAGGUCAUCAAGCCUUAUCCCUGGGGUACUCAUCUCCUUGUGACAAAGGACAACAAGGCUUACCAGACCGCCAAGGGCGAAAGGCCCGGCAGCCUUGAGAUGCUUUGGGACUAUGCCAAGGAUCCUGCCAAGGGCUACCGGCUGGAGGCGAAGGUUGGCAUGAACGCGAGGUGGCAUGGCCGGCUUUUGAUCAAGUCCAAGGUCAGCAGCUAA